AUGGUGAAUGACGCUCUCCUAGCGAAGUGGGUGUGGAGAUAUAGGGUGGAAGAGGAGAAUAUUUGGAGAAGAGUCGUUACGACUUGUCAUGGUAGGAGCAGAAAAUGGUCGAGUUUACCAUCCAACCCGGCUUUGUCUAGGGUGUGGAAAAACAUUAUGAGUAUGGAGUUCAAAGUUUUGGUUGAGGGUAAGAGGAUUCACAACCAUAUUAAAGGGGUUUUGGGCGAUGGAUCGGAGGGAGAAGAAGAUAUCAAAAACUGGAAGUGGACUAGACCUCCGUCAUCCCCGGAUGAAGUUUCAGAGCUGGGUAACUGUUCGGUUCAGCUGGGCGGUAUUUUUACAGCUUCAGUGAAGGAUAAAUGGAUGUGGAAGCCAGAUGUUUCGGGUCAGUUCUCUACUAAAUUGUUUACAAGGAUUGCUUUGGGUACUUUGAACGAGGAAGACUUGUAUCCGACGAAGAGUUGCGGAUGGGUUCCAGCUAAGUGCAAUAUCUUAAUUUGGAGGGCGGCGCUCGAUCGUAUUCCGACUAGACAAGCUCUCGUCAGGAGAAAUAUUGCGGUUGAAUCAUAUGUUUGCGCUCUUUGCGGGGAAGUGACAGAAACCGUAGAUCAUAUUUUCACGGCUUGCAGUAUAUCGCUAAAAGUAUGGAAUCGGUCAUGCGUUUGGGCUAAGCUUCCGCCGUUUUUUGCUUUUUCUUUCAAGGACAUUCUCGACUAUCAUAAAAGUGUAGGUGGGGAUAAGAAGACUAAAGAGUUAGUCUGUGGGCUUGUUGUCGUGGCAGUUUGGUGUAUAUGGAAAGCUAGGAAUGAAAAGAUUUUCGCAGACGGAAGAGGCGACAGUGAGGAAAUUUUGGGGAGUUUAGAUCACUUGGAUUUUUUUUUAGUUAAAAUGUAG